GCGCACACCGACCGUUUGCUGCCGCCAUGGCCCCCGUGCUUCGCCGGUCCUUCCCGCGGCUCCGGGCRGYMGCGGCCGGUCUUUGGCUCCUGCUCUUCCCGGCCCCCCGCCGGAGCGGRACCUUCCACCGCUGCCACGGGUUUUCGGUGCCGGACCCGCCGGCCGGCCUCCCCCACCGCCUCGAGGACUGGGAGGCCUCCCACGUCGGGGACUGGCUGCGGUCCGUGGGCUUUGGCAGGUACGCUUCCGGCUUUGCCUCCGAUUUCGGCGGCACCGGGGUCGACGGGGACCGGCUCGUCUACCUCGGGACGGAGGACCAGCUCGACCACAUCGAGUACCAGCUCGAGCUGGUCGGGGUCGCCGACCGGUCCGACCAGGCCGUCCUGGGGGCGGCGAUCGUCGGGCUCGUCGCCCUGGAGCGGACGACCCCGGGGGACCUGGAGGCCCUGGCGCGGGGAGUCCUUCGCCCCGGGGGAACGACCCAAGCCGGCGGCGGGCCACCGGAACCGGAAGAUCCCGCGGCGCCCGGUUCCGUGGUGGGCCACUACGACAUCUGAGUCAAUAUAUAUAUAUAUAUGCAUCGCGAAACAACCAGCGGCCGCUGUGGACCUCAUCGGUGCGUGGUGUGGCACCGGACCGCCCCGGAGGCCCGGAACCGGUCUCUUUCCGUCCCGUGUCCCGGAUCCGUGCGGGGCAACCCACCACGGUUGGAUCCGGCGCAGGGAAUCCGGCCGAUCCGUGCCAUCGCGGCARGCCCACGGCCGGUUCCCGGUGUGGCAGAUUGCGUUGCGUUGCGUUGCGGCACGGUGCCGUGCAAUACAGUACGAUCGCACUAGUAGCAGCAACAGUCACGCCGUGCACUGGCAUCCACGGUUGCAGUGGCUUUUUCUUCUGUGCGGUGCGAUUGCUGCUGCGUUGGAAUGCCAGAACAAGAACGGUCUCUCUCUCUCACACACACUCUCUCUAGUUGCGAGGUUCCGGUGUGCUUGGACGAUCGAUCACAAGAAAGGAGUAGUACGAGGCCGCUGGUUCGGAUACUUACCGUACGUAAUAGACUAGUUACUCAGUUUUUGUCGAGUAAUCGCGCGCUAAAUUACUGCGCGUUACCAAAAAAAUCGAGUAAUCAGUUGCUAACAGAUGCGUGUUAUUUUUCUUCAUUAUUAAUUGCAGCUCGACCGGAUGACUGAUUACUCGACAAAAUUAGCAAUCAUCUUGGUAAUCAGGAAAGCAGCGGUACAAAUCCUACUGGCAGCUGUCGGCAUCAAGUUUGCAAGGAACAAUAGAGAAGCAGUAAUCAAAUCGAUUGAUAUUUUAAAUUGAUAUUUUCAGUACGCAAAGAUAAAAAUAGCAAACAGUACACUAAAUAAAGCAGUGCUCAUUGAAGCAAUAAGAAUAGCAACAGCUG